AUGGCUUCUGACUUGCCUUGGAUUGAGAAAUACAGGCCAGAAUCAUUGAAUGACUUAAUGGGCCAUGAAUUAAUAAUAAACACAAGUAAUGUUUAUAUUUUCGGUUAUUUUGGUAAAGUUCGUAGAUUUCUCAAUCAGGGUAAAUUGCCCCAUCUUUUGCUUUACGGGCCCCCUGGAACGGGCAAAACGAGUACCAUACUCUCCGUUGCGAAGCAUCUUUUCGGACCUAAGGAAUUCUCCUCUAUGGUACUUGAGUUGAAUGCUUCAGAUGAUCGUGGUAUUGGAGUCGUUCGCGAGCAAGUUUUGACUUUUGCCAGCACGAAGACGUUGUUCUCUGGAAAGUUUAAGCUUAUCAUUCUUGAUGAAGCUGACGCAAUGACCAAGGACGCACAAAAUGCCUUACGGCGAAUUAUUGAGAAGUUUUCUGAGAAUGCGCGGUUUUGUCUUAUUUGCAAUUAUCUCUCAAAAAUCACCCAGGCUAUUCAGUCGAGAUGCACCAGGUUUCGUUUUCCACCCGUGCAGGAAUCACAUAUGAUGGCUUGCCUCGGUGAAAUUGCCAAAAAGGAAGGUGUUCAACUUACCGAUGAUGGAAAGGUCGCCAUUCAUCGUUUUUCUUCCGGUGAUAUGCGCGUAGCCAUAAAUUUGUUGCAGAGCGCUUCCAUGUCCAGCCAAGUGGUUGACGAGGCCAGUGUCUACGCCUGCACUGGAUAUCCUACUCCAAGGGAAAUGCGAACCCUCCUUGAGUGGUGUCUCAAUGAACCGCUUCCUAUGGCUUUCAAAAAAAUAAUUGAGCUGAAAGUUGAGAAAGGCAUUGCGCUGCAGGACAUCGUUUCAGAGCUGCAUCCAUUAAUCAUGCAAGUGAAAAUGCCGGACAGCGUAAAAGUUGAGCUGACAACCAUGCUCUCCGACGUGGAAUAUCGUAUGUCUUAUGGUGCUUCGGAGAAACUGCAACUCGGCGCCGUCUGUGCGGCCUUCGCAAACGCAAGAGACUCCCUUGAGGCACUUGAGGCCUAA